AUGAUAGCAGCUACUUGGGCCAAGAUCUUCUCUGGCCUUUUUCUUAUCAUUUAUGGAGUUUUAUCACUAGUAUUACUUUUUAUUGGUUUGAAUGCUACGAUUGCUUUGGUUAUUGGACUUGGAACGUUAUUCCUAACGUUCCUGGCUCUACUUUAUGUGAUUGGACUUCAGAAGAAGAACGACUGGGUUAUGAUUCCAUUCGUGGUGGCUGAGGUAAGGGAUCAGUAGAGUUAUGGUGCUUUUACACUAGAUCUGUAAAGAAACUGAAUUCAAAUUUUUUUUUCGGCUUUGCUUUUUUCAACUUUGUUUCAGUUCAGCUUGGCUUUCUUCAAAUUUGCUUCAGUUCGGCCUGGCUUUUUUCAAAUUUAAUUCGGCUUGGCUCGGCCCUUUUUUCAGCCUAGUUAUAAAUAGCUCCUAAAUUUUAUGUUUUUAAACUUAAAAUGACUUUUGAAUAACUUUUAGUGAAUUUAGUGAUAGAAGUGAUCUGAUCUGCUGUUUGUUAUAGUUUAUUUACCAAAACAAGAAUGACUGUUUAUUAAAUUUAUAUUACUCAUAUUAGUUUUUUAUAAAAAACAAAAUUUUUUAAAUAGUAUUUUUAAACCUGGCAAGGAGUUUUAUCUGAGCCUGAAAACAGCCCCACUAGGCCCGCGAUCAGGCCCGGCCAAAGCAAGUUUGAAAAUGACUGGGCCAGAUCGUACGGAUUUGAAGGCCAAGUUUAAAUGAAAAGCCUUGAUAAAUCUUUUUUUAAAACUUUUGCAACUUAUAUCAUUUUAGAUGAUAUUUCGAGUAUUCUUUGGGUUUUUAAUUGGUGGCAUUUGGAUCGUUUAUCUUUUGGCAUUAUUCGAUCUUAUUCAUGUUGAGAGCCCAAUUGGUAAGGUUUUUCUGAUUAUGAUAAAGGGUUUUUGAUUAUUUUUUAAACUAAAUAAAGAUUUUAUCGUUUAACAUAGGACUAGCAGCUUGUGAGAGCUUAAAAACUAAUAUUUUUGGAAAUUUAAAAUUUUUUAAACAAAAUUUUUAACCUAUACAGGGUGCGCCAAAAGUUCUGUUGCACGGUUUUUUAAUCAAAUAUAUAUUUUAACAACAAAUAUAAGUAAAACAACAACUACCAAUAGUAACAUAUAGUACUAGUUAUAACAUUUAACCGCAACAUAGAGAAAACGAUCGGUAAAUUGAGAAAACGACCGGUAAAGUUUUGUAGCAGAACUUUUGGCGCACCUUGUAAAAUGGGAUUAGCAGCCUGGGAGAGGCUUAAAACUAGGAUUUUUUGUAAAUUUUAUAUUUAAAAACAUUUUUAAAAUGAAACGGGCUAUUUUAUUCACAUUUCGAAUCUUUAACUUAUUUUUGAAAAGUUUAAAAACUAAAUUUUUAAAAAUUUUUAAAAUUAUUAUAAUAUUUUAGAAUCAGUAGGAAACCUGCAAUUUCUAUUUUUACUGGCAUUAGGGUUGACAUUACUAUUCGCUGUUUGGAUUCGUAUUUUACUAGUGUUCUAUGAUGGCUACAGACAAGUGAAGAAGCAUAAUGAUAGAAGAAGAAUGGAGAUGGAGCCGAGUGAAAAUUAUUAUAUGAGAAUCACGACUUCCAGACCUACUAAACUUUAA